CCCUGCAUGCCGAACGCAGGUGCAGUCUGGUUCGGUCUCCGAGUUGGUGCGGCCGUCGGUGGCGGACUCGGAAACACGGCCCGCCCUACCGGAGACGGAGUCGGAGUGUCGGACACCCCCAUACAGCCGGCCGGGUAUAAGUCCAUGUACAUGACCCAGCCUCCCCUCCAUCGACAACAAGGAUCGCUCGACAAAAUCGCACACGCACGCACAGGAAGGUAGGGAGAGCGAUGGCGACGGCGACGGCGCUUCGACACGCGGCGACGAGGCUGGGCGGCGGCGCAUGGGCGAAGCUACUGCCAAGGAGGCUCGUCCACGGCGGCGCAAGACCCGCCGCGGCGGACGGCAAGGCCCGCGCCCUGAACCUGAUCAAGCAGAAGAGGGAGGAGCUGUUCGACCUGAUCGCCGACACGGAGCGGCGGUACGACACGCGGCUCACCAAGGAGGGGUUCCAGAACGCCCGGAUGCUCCAGCAGCUCGCCGUGCAGAUCGAGCCCAGGCCCAACGACCCGCUCUGGCGCUCGAAGCGGUUUUCGAAGCUGACCAACGAUUUCCUGGGGUGGGCGGGGGCUUGCGUGGCGGGCUACAUGCUCACGAAGGAAUGGCUUCGUUCCGAUAAGGAGGCGGCGCAGGAGAAGAUGGCAGAUUCCGCAUGUGUAGUUAGCAAUAACUGAAGCAUUGCUUGAUCAUAGUACUUCCCCAAUGUGGACUAACAGCGCCCAAUCUAUGCUCGUAGAAUUCAGUAAAUGUCGACCGUCGUUUCAUCUUGGACGGUUCGUUCAGAGAUGCAGUAAAGGAACGCAUAACUCUAUUUCAGUUUGCAUGUGCUAGAGAGAUUUAGUUGAUAGGUUCAUUUUCUUGCGUGUUUGGUUGAUGCAAAACAGAACUUGCAGUUUUUAACUGCGUGGGAUUCUGUACUCUG